AGUCCCCCAUCCCCCAUCCACCAUCCGCCGCCCCCUUCCUUGUUCCAAUACAACUGAGAGAUCGCACCACCACCGGGGAGAGAGAGAGCCAUGAGGAGCGGCGGCGGCGGCAGCGACGUCAGGUCCUUCUUCCGGCAGCAGAAGGCCCACUCCGACGCGGCGGCCAUCAAGCCCACCGGCGGCGUCUCCAAGAAGGCGGCGCAGCACCACCAGAAGCAGGCGGCGGCGCGCCCGACACCAGAUCACGGCGACGGCGCCGACGCGGGGAGGGAGGAGGCGGAGAGCACGGAGAGGAAGGCCAGGGAGUUCGACAUGGACAUGCGCUACGGGCCCUGCCUCGGCCUCACCCGCGCCCAGCGCUGGCGACGCGCCGCCGCGCUCGGCCUCGCCCCGCCGCCGUACGCGCUCUGCUCCGACGACCAGCCGUGCCUCUGGGAGGGCCGCGUCUAGAGUCACUGAUCCGCCACUCCUCGUGGUUCUACCUAGUACUGCUUGCUUCUUCGAUCUGUAGCCCUGUGGCCUCUUGAGUUCAGUCAGUCUUGGUGUUGUCUUCAGUCUUCCUUUCUAAGUUUGUGUCCGUGCGAAUGCGAUGCUGUAUUAAUCUCAGUAUAAUCUUUGCUGCAUCAGGUGUGUUGAGCCAAUCUGUAUCCCAUUACCAUUGGUUUUUUCUCUUAGCAAUAUUAGUUGGAAAUCUA